AUGAUUGUUGAUUCAUGCAACUUUUUUGCUUGGAAUCUGAUUUGCUCACUCCCAGAUUAUCUUGCCAUACAAGGUUCUGCCACUCCAUCAGAAUGGGCCUUUUCAAGUGGCAGCAUCACAGAUCAGAGUCAACACAACCAGCUCACACCUGAUAUCUUCGAGGUGCUCCAAUUGUUGAAGAGUGCUUAUCACAACAGGCAUAUCCAGGCUGCAGCUGAGGCUGCCACUUGUGUUGAGCCUCUCACUCAUGUGACUAAAGAUGACCUUUCUGUUGACCUUACUUAUCUUUAG